AUAGGAAUAAAGCGUAAGGACAUAAAGCUGAAACAGUCAGUGGCAGUUAAAAAUAUGGUGUCCUGUAGUCAACACAUACGUACCUAGAGUUGUUUCUGUAGUUAUUGCCAACCGGAAUCUUUACUUAUAUCGGUGCAGCCAAAGAUAUUUCCAAAUUCCUUUUUUUCCGUACAUUAGAUUGGUAAGUGCUAUUUAGACUACAUUUUAAAAUGUAUUUGAAAUGGCAUUCAGUAUUGAACAGACCACAUUUUUAAUUGUAUAUGCAAUGUGAAAUUCCGUUGAAUUGUGUCUACAAGAAGCUUAAAAAGAAAAAGCAAUUCAUCCUACUAUAAGUGUCCCUUUAUUUUCAUAACCUCUUGAGUAAUUAUUCCUUUGUAUUUACAUGACAGAGGCUUCUGAUUAACAAAUUUUACGUAUAGAAUCAUCAUGCUUGGGACGUUAUGCACGUUACUAGUGUUGGCCAUUGGGACAACGGUCAACGCACAGGUAUGUCUUUAGUAUGACGUUAUACGGACAACGGUUAACUCAAAGGUAUGUGAUAAAUGACGUAUAUACACAUAUGGGAAAUUUGAAGUUUUCAAUGGAAUAAGAUUUUUUCAGCACUAGCACAUCUGACACCAAUUAAGGUCAAGCACAUUGAUAAUUUUUAUAACUCACGGAAACCAUGAUCAGCUUGUUAAACUCUACCUUGGACUAAUUAAUGUGAAAAAGUUUUUCGAACUUAUCAAAACAAGUGUUCGGAUUUCAGAUCAGAAUAUCCGUUUGAAAAAUGGCUUACCGCAUAAUUUAGUUUUCAAAAGUGAAGGAUUGGUUCACUUGUAAAUUGGUUUCUUUACGCCUCUAGCUUUUUAUAGGCUGCGGGCAGCCAUUUUUAGUAAAGUUGGUAAUAAAAAUGUGUACUUGUUUCCUAGCUUUGUCAUUAGAUACACGUGGAUGUUUUGUUCAUCGUUAAAUGUUUCAGUACGGCUACUGUGGCAGCAAAUAUUUCAUCUGUGACUUCUGGCGCCCAUGUUGUGGCGGCGGACUGGAUCCCCUUGUGUGUGUACCAUCCCGAGGCUACACGAGCUAUUGCUACGUAAGUCGUGUCUCUAAAUAUAACGCGUUGCUUGUGUACGUGAGCUGACGUGUGAAUAGUACCCCAGCUAUUGCUACGUAAGUCGUGUCUCUAAAUAUAACGCGUUGCUUGUGUACGUAAGCUGGCGUGUGAAUAGUACCCCAGCUAUUGUCACGUAUCUCAUGCCGCUUAAUAUAAUACGUUGUUUGUGUACGUGAGCUGACGUGUGAAUAGUACCCCAGCUAUUGUCACGUAUCUUAUGCCGCUAAAUAUAAUACAUUGUUUGUGUACGUGAGCUGACGUGUGAAUAGUACCCCAGCUAUUGCUACGUAAGUCGUGUCUCUAAGUAUAACGCGUUGCUUGUGUACGUGAGCUGACGUGUGAAUAGUACCCCAGCUGUUGUCACGUAAUUCUUGCCGCUAAAUAUAACACGUUGUUUGUGUACGCGAGCUUAAGUGUGAAUAGCACAUCAGCCUUUGGUGCAUUCGUUGUACACAUGAAAGUCAGGCUACAUAUGAUUUGAUGUGGAUAUUGUAAUAAUUUAUUUUCACUUUUCUUGAACAUUUACAUGUUUCAAUGGUAUAUUUUUUUAUAAUCAUAUUUUGACUUCAUGUUUAAGUGUUCAUUAGUUAAUCAUAUUCUAUCGGAUGUUUAUAAUUUGUUUAUUAUGUUUUGUUUUGUUUUUUUUGUCUUUAUUUCAGUUCUAUUUUUUUAUUGUAGGUAUUACAGAAAAUGGAUAAAAUAAACAUAUAGUAAAAACAUAUUUUAGGAGCUUUUAAAACAUGAAUUGAGAUGGUUGGGGUGAGAGGGAACUGAGAGUGAUAGAAUGGUGCAAGAGGUGGGUAUAGAUUUUAAGGAUAGAAGAUUUUGUUAGGCUUUGCAAUGGAUGAGCAUUGAAAGUUUAGAGUUCAAGGAUGUUGUUGAAAAAUAGGUACAUUUGAAGUAUGCUGCGAAAGUAAGAUGUUUUAAAUAUAAAUAAAGUAAGUUGACGAUGUGGAGGAAAUGGUUGAUAUAUGGUUGAGAGUGGAGAUGUGGGGGAAAUGGAUGAUAUUUUGUUCAGAGUGGAGAUGUGGAUAGAUGACGAGAGGGGUGGUUUGGCCUAGAGAAGGUUUGGCCAAUGAAAUGUCUAGAAUUGAGGGUCAAACAUUGAAAGUCUCCUUUCCUAUUUUGAGGCUAAUAACAGUUAAUGGGUUUUUGUUAUUUUAAAACUAGAAUUGUCAUUAAACCUGAAACUCGUGAAUCUCUUAGAUUCCCCCCCUAUACCCACUUUUUGUAAGACUUAAAAUUAAACUUAGACAUUGCAUUAGCUCACAUAUAUGAAUGAUACAUGGGGAACGUGGCAAUAUCUUUUGAUGUAUAACCCCCAGCCUUACUCCGAGUACCUGGCGUAUGUCAACUCACAGAAGACCACAAGCCCAAGUUCCUCUAAGGUAAAACUACUGAUCACCAUUUGUGUCCUUUUUGGCCGUCAAAUAAUUUGCGCAUCUGGAUACACUACAUUUGCAACAUGUACAUCUUUACCAUGUUUACACUUGAAUCCAAGAUCAAUUUGCAUUUUAAAUGUCAGUUUAUACUGUUGGAAAGAAAAUUGUAAUCGUAUCUCUUAUUUAUGCGGAUAAAUAUUCUGACUGAGCUUAGAUCUUUUUGAAUAGCUCAAUGGCAUCCUGGAUAUAAAUGAUUCAUUUGAGGGUUAAACUUUUUUUUUUUUCGCUCAACUAGUUUUAAGUUACGAUUACGUUUAUAUUUAGUUGACAGUGCGAUCUUCUUUAGUUCGCUUUCUUCUUUAUUAUUUGUCUAAUAAAGAAAAAGAAAUGUACUAUUGAAAGUAUAACAAAUUCGAAUCAUAUUAGCGCUUGUUUAAAAAAAAAAAUACACAAAAUAAACGACCCAAACACCAAGCAUCUAUUCAGUUUAAACUAUUAAUAAAAGUACUGACACUUUUUAAUUUUCUACAAACGUAAUCAGAGUGUAUAGAUGUUUUCUUUUAAGUAUUCAAAGAAACAUUUAGUUCAAGUUUCUAUGCUUAUUUAUUUUUUUAAAUGAGUGUUCUACGUCAUCGUAUGGGCUGUUGUUGUACUGUAAUAUUAGAGAAGUGUUUGCUAUCUAUUCGUCUAUAUUUACUCCACAUUAAGUAGACUACUUCAAGACUGCCUUUCAAAAGAUGAAUAUGUAAAAGAGAUCGAAAAUGGGUUUUAUUCAUUCAUCUCGCCAUUUUUAAACAUAUUAAAAUGCACACAAACAUUUAUUGUGAUCCAAACAUUUCUAGGAAUGUGCGGGGCUGUACCAGAGCUGUGACUUUGUCAGUUGUUGUGAGGACCCCACGUACCCGAAAUAUUGUGCUGGUACGGCUCAGGGGAAAUUCUGCUUCGUGAGUACAAAUAUAUAACAUUCUAUCUUUAGAUUUUGGUUAUUUUAGAUUUUAUUUUAUUAGGUGCUUGAGUGUGAAGAUCAUUCUUGCUUUUUUGUUUUAAAACAUAUUUAUUUUUGCAUCUCCAAGAAAACCGUUGCUGUAAUAAUUGUACCUUCUGUAAAGAAAAAACACACACAUCACAUCUCAUGAAUUAGAUAUUAAAUUUCAAUCUCAUCGAGUUAUCAACUGGAAGUGUCAUGACUGUCGUACUCUGAGAAUCGUAUUUUAACUAGUAGUGCAGCUAUAAUGUCUUUAAAGAUAUGUAAAUCACUGGCUUUGUGGAAAACUGAAAUUUUGUUUUCAUGAAAAAACACGAAAAGGUCGUCGAGUAGUCUUCAUUAUCGAACAGUAUUGACAAUGAUCAAACCUGUGUUGUGGGGCGGGCAAGUAGUUUAAUUAGUAUGACAGAAAAAAAUAAGUCGUUGAGAGUCAAAUAAUUUUUAAGAAAAUUGUUUUAGCUAAGUUUAAAUUGAUGCUACAUUUUCGUAUCCUGCCUCUUUUGACAGUUGAAACAAUCAGUCAACACAGAGUCAACGAGUGCAGCCCCUGACCAGACCAGCACUCCUCAGGUGGGCACACCUCAGACCAGCACUUCACAGACGGGCACAUCUCAGACCAGCACCCCACAGACCAAUGCAUCGGCAGCUGUACCAACAACGGACUCAACAACGACAAAUCCCGCGAAUGACUCUACACCUAACACGGCAACAACACCGACAACGGCAUCACUAGCUCCUUCAACAAACCAAACUAUCCCUUAAACCAACACAUGCCCAUCAGCUGUCUUGUAUUCAGCUUCAAGUAGCACUCUUUCCUUCUACAAGAGAAUAUAUCAACUUGACUUGUACUGCUGUCUGUGUUCUGACCAGUAUGCACAACAAUGUCCUACAUUCUGUUACACAUUUUUCUAUAAAAAUUACCUUCUCAACUACAAUUUAAAACGUGAUUUUAAAUUUUAUAAUGACCUAACAUUUCGUCAAAAUGUUUACGUCGUGCUGUCAUUAAUUUUUGUGUGUUUGGUGUCAUUCUAGACUUCUGAAUAAAUAGUUGUGUUUCAAUGUUUUGUUUCUAACACAGCCGUUUGAUGCACACGCAUAUUUUGUAAACUAAAGAUUGUUUCUUACACAGUUUUUGAUGCACACGUAUUUUUUGCCCGUUAGAGAUUUUUUUCCAACACAACCCGAUCAUUGCAAACGUAUAUUUUUACCGCUAGAGAGUGUUCGUAUAUGUUUAACAAAGGUUAUUGGUGGAUACAAUUUUAAAUAGAUAAUCAGGUUAUAAUCUAUUAUGGUUAGUUUUCCAUUCACAAUAAGUUUAAGUAAGAGAUAUUUAAAAAAAAAAAAAAUUUUGAGCUGUUUAUUUAGAGAUCGAUAAUUGUUCUUCACAUUCCUAGCUCUACAUUCAGCUAACAAGCCAAGUAUCGUCAAAAUUCUUUAACAUAAACAGCUGCAAAUUUAAAGAAGAAUAAAAAAAUACUACUAUUUACAUAAUUAUGGCUGUUCAUUAUCCACGAACUGACUUUUUAAACUUUUCAAAAAUAGCACUUUGGCUAAGUUUGUCUCAUACAAUGCUAUAAAAUAAAAAACAAUUACUCGAUUUUCAAACGUAUUUUACCAUUAUAAUCAACGCCCAAAUCUACAGGAACAAAAUAAAAAUCAGAAUUAGACUAGUCUGUGACAUUCGACUGAAAUCGUGUCCCAGCGUCAUGUUAUUGAUAUGAGAGUGGGGAAAAGGCGCGAUCCGCACUAACACUAAACUGGCAUGUACUGGGCCGCAACAUAUUGUAUUGCGGGCCGCCCCUGGCCCGCGGGCCACGAGUUUAAGAAACCUUUUCUAAUUCUCAGAGACCUGACGAAAUGUACAUCACUGCAUUUUACAUUAUCAGGAUUAAGAAAUACGAUGAAUCCAUUUUGAGUGAGUAUUGUUAUCUGAGCUUUUGCUUGCAUGUAGAAAGCAUUUAGUUAACUAUGUUUUAAAACAAGCUGGUCUCGAGUCUUUUUUAAACAACAGAAAUAAAUUAUAUAAACAUC